AAAGCUUUCACAUCAUCUCAAGGACCAAAGGUUUAAUUUUUACAAACCCUCACCUUUCCCGCGCACGCGAUUAAUGGCUUGAGAUGUCUUCCCCAGUCGAACCAAAUGAUGACCCAUGGGAUCAGAAGACAAGGAGCAAGUUCAAUAACAAAUCCAAGAGCGAAUGGUUUGACCCUUGUCAAGAUGCUGCUGCGCGAAGCAUUCGUUGCCUGAAUCGGAACGGCGGGGACAGGCAGAUGUGCACGGAUUACUUUGAGGCAUAUCGUGCAUGCAAAAAAGAAUGGGUAAAUAAACGCAAGAAGGAAGGAGGAUCCAUUUUCGGUUGACCAGAUGACGACUUGAAUAUUCGUCUUCGUUU